GGCGCGAAGCGGAAGCGGCGGCGCAGGCUCGGGCGGGUCCCCGGUGCGCGCAGCGGGCUCGGCUCCCUCCGGCCUCGGCUCCCUGAGAGCCCUCCCCUCCCCGGCACCGACAUGAUCCUGCUCGAGGUCAACAACCGCAUCAUCGAGGAGACCCUCACGCUCAAGUUCGAGGGCGCGGCCGCGGGAAAUAAACCAGAGGCAGUAGAAGUAACAUUUGCAGACUUCGAUGGAGUCCUUUACCAUAUCUCAAACCCCAAUGGAGACAAGACAAAAGUGAUGGUCAGUAUUUCUCUGAAAUUCUACAAGGAACUCCAGGAACACGGUGCUGAUGAGGUCUUGAAGAAAGUCUAUGGAAACUACUUGGUAAAUCCUGAAUCAGGUUACAAUGUCUCCUUGCUCUAUGACCUGGAAAACCUCCCUGCAGACAAGGAUGCCAUCGUGCACCAAGCUGGCAUGUUGAAGCGCAACUGCUUCGCCUCGGUCUUUGAGAAGUAUUUCAAAUUCCAGGAAGAGGGCAAAGAGGGGGAAAAAAGAGCUGUCAUCCACUACAGGGAUGAUGAGACAAUGUACGUGGAGGCGAAGAAGGACCGUGUGACGGUUGUGUUCAGCACGGUGUUUAAAGACGAUGACGACGUGGUGAUCGGGAAGGUGUUCAUGCAGGAGUUCAAGGAGGGUCGCCGGGCCAGUCACACAGCCCCACAGGUGCUCUUCAGCCACAGGGAGCCGCCCUUGGAGCUGAAAGACACAGACGCGGCCGUUGGUGACAACAUUGGCUACAUCACCUUUGUGCUGUUCCCUCGUCACACCAACGCUGCUGCCAGAGACAACACCAUAAACCUGAUCCACACAUUCCGGGACUACCUGCACUAUCACAUCAAGUGCUCGAAGGCCUACAUCCACACGCGUAUGCGGGCGAAAACCUCUGACUUCCUGAAGGUGCUGAACCGUGCCCGGCCCGACGCCGAGAAGAAGGAGAUGAAAACAAUCACGGGGAAGACGUUCACAAGCCGCUAACGCCCGGCGCUGGGAGAACGCCGAGGAGGACAAAGGUCGGGGCACUGCUACCUGAUAAUCGUAGCCUUUCAUGUCGCACCUCUGUGGGCUCAUAAGGAAUUCAAGCAAUCGGGGGUCUGUUUGUACGACAGUAAAUCUGCAGAAACGAGCUGUGCUUGCCAGGACUCCAUCGUCCCAAGAAACAAAACCUUAACUCCACUUUGAUUGACUUCAUUUCUUUUUUUUUCCUUCUGUUUUUUUUUUUAAUGUUUUUUGUUCUCUUUUCAAGCUGUUUUCGCUUUGCAAUAUGUUACCGGAAAGAAGUUGCAGUAUUUCUUAGGAGAAUAAUGCAAUAUUAACUUGUUUUCUUCUGAGCAUUUGAGUUCAAAACUCCUGUAUCUUGAAGAAAUACUGUUGGGGUUCAUUAAUAAAGGAGAUCUUUCUAUCUUAA